AUGUUCCGUCACGCGUCGUCGAGUGCGAGGUCGCUCUCGAGAAAUUCUCCUCUCGGCAGACGCCUUGCCUCCACCAGAACCUUGAAGCAGGCGCUGCAGGAGGUCAUUCCGGCAAAGCAGGAGCAGCUCAGGAGGCUGAAAGCCGAGCACUCGCACAAGGUCGUCGGGGACGUCACGGUCGAGAACAUCAUUGGCGGUAUGCGCGGCUUGAAGUCGAUGCUCUGGGAGGCCUCCGUGCUCGAUCCGAACGAGGGUAUUCGUUUCCACGGGUUGAGCAUCCCCGACUGCCAGCAACAACUGCCAGCGGCGCCGGGCGGCAAGGAGAUCAUCGCUGAGAGCAUGCUAUGGCUUCUCAUGACCGGGAAGGUCCCGACCGAGGCCGAGGUACGUCAGCUCUCGCAAGAGCUCGCGGAGAAGGGCGAGCUCCCAGAUUUCGUCGAGCGCCUCGUCGAUUCGUUGCCCCAAUCACUUCACCCCAUGACCCAGCUGGGCAUCGGCGUGGCCGCCCUCAACCACGACAGCGCCUUCCAGGCAGCGUACGAGAAGGGGAUCAAGAAGAGCGAGUACUGGACAUACACCCUCGAGGACUGCGUCAACCUCAUUGCCCGCCUCCCUGCGCUCGCGGCGCGCAUAUACCGCAACGUGUACAGGCCUGGCACGGAGCUGCCCGGGAUCAAAAAGGACCUGGACCUUGUCGGGAACUACACGAACAUGCUGGGAUACGGGAACAACCACGACCUGACAGAGUACCUUCGGCUGUACAUAUCUAUCCAUGGCGAUCAUGAGGGAGGAAACGCUUCUGCGCAUACAGCUCACUUGGUCGGCUCGACAUUAUCCGAUCCAUAUAUUUCUUACUCGGCGGCUCUGUUUGCCCUCGCCGGUCCUCUGCAUGGCCUCGCCAACCAGGAGGUUCUCAGAUGGCAGCUGUCCAUGAUGAAAGACAUCGGAAACGACAUCACGCACGACCACAUCAAGGAGUACCUCUGGCGAACACUGAAAAGCGGCCAGGUCGUCCCUGGCUACGGCCACGGUGUUCUCAGAAAGUCGGACCCGCGGUUCAUCGCGCUGCAAGAGUUCUGCGACACCCGACCCGACCUGCUGGCGAGCCCAAUCAUCCAACUUGUGAAGAAGACUUAUGAAGUUGCACCUGGUGUGUUGAUGGAACACGGCAAGAGCAAGAACCCAUGGCCAAAUGUCGACGCUGCUUCUGGUUGCGUGCUGUAUCACUAUGGAUUGGACGAGUUCAAGUAUUACACGGUGAUCUUCGGCGUGUCUCGAGCUCUCGGCGCCCUGACUCAGCUAGUGUGGGCUCGUGCUCUCGGCCUGCCCCUCGAGAGACCAAAGUCGCUGUCGCUAGACGUGCUGGAGAAGCUGACGGAGAGCCCAUGA